CAAAAACAAAUAAAAAAAAGUAAAUAAAAAUGUUUUUUAAAAUUCUAAUGUGGCUCUUUGCCAUAACCGCGUAUUUUUCUACACAAACGAAUUGCUUUGAGAUGAAUAUGACUGAUUACUACAAAAUGCCCAGCUUAUAUGAUUUUGACGAUUAUGAUCGCUGUUUGACGGAGUUCAAUAAUCUAUCGACUUAUUGCUUUGUACGGGCUGACGUUAUACCCAAAAAUGAUUCAGUGUCUUGGCGGGUUAUCACCGAGAUAUCAAAGUAUAAUAAGCAUCAUUUCAAUCAUCGUCAUCUGUACUUUGGUUUAUGCGUGAAAUGGUGUGAAGAUGCUUUAUCACAGUUCCAGGAAAAUGGGACCGAUGAACUUUUUGCUGGCAUAUUAACUAAUAACACAAAGGUAAGUGCAAAUUGA